AGGAGUGAGGGUGUUGUAAAUGCAGAAAAAAAAGGAAAGAAAGAAAGACGAGAUUUCUUUAUUUGAUUUUAUAAAAACAUAAACUCAACAAAGACUGAGGCGCUGCCGCUGUGAUCGCUUCCCUUUUUGCUCGGGUGUUUUUUUUUUUAUUCUGCAGAUUGGUUUAGACUGGGGCAGAGACAUGAGCUAAUUGUAUCCUGAUCUUUGCCUUGAGGGGUUUCGGAGCCCUGGAGCAAGUAUUCUCUGUAUUUUGUUCUGUCUACCUUAGCCAAGCUAUUGCAUUUCUCACUGGUGUAGGAAGAGAGGCAGAUCGUGGGCCAAAUCGGAGGGGAAAAGGUGCACAAAAAGAUACUUUUGUGCCGCUCUAUGUUUCAGAAAACGAACACACAGCCGGCCGCGUCCCUCCGCCUCUUCCUCCCGCUCCUCCCGUCCGCCCGAAGAAGCCGCUCUAAAUAAUGGACGAGACGGACAUCAUGGACUUAACGCACCAGAAAGCGAGGAAGCGACCGCGUCCAAUCAGUUCCGCGGACGAGUCCGUGCACGCUUCCCUCAAACGGCUCCCGAUGCGAGCGGCGGAGUGCAGGGAGCCCUCACUCAUGUUCGCAGUCAGAGGAGAGCCGGUCCCCGCAGCGUCUCUCAAGCAGAAUGACCACUCGGUGACUUCGUCUCCAACCACAGUGAUGCCGGCGCAGGAUAAUCGCUCCAGCAUGUCCAGGCCCAUGAUCACAAGGUCACCAGUGUCUCCAUUGAGUAACCAGGGCAUCCCAACACCUGCACAGCUCACCAAGUCCAAUGCUCCCGUGCACAUUGACGUGGGCGGACACAUGUACACCAGCAGUCUGGCCACCUUAACAAAAUUCCCAGAAUCCCGAAUUGGUCGUCUCUUUGAUGGCACAGAGCCUAUAGUCCUGGACAGCCUGAAGCAGCACUACUUCAUUGACAGGGAUGGACACAUGUUCCGCUACAUCCUCAACUUCCUCAGGACGUCCAAGCUCCUCAUCCCCGACGACUUCAAAGACUACAGUCUGCUGUACGAGGAGGCGCGGUACUUCCAGCUGCAGCCCAUGCUUGCUGAGCUGGAGCGCUGGCGCCAGGACCAGGAGCUGAGCCGGGUGUCACGCCCCUGCGAGUGUUUGGUGGUGCGCGUCGCGCCCGACCUGGGCGAGAGGAUCACGCUCAGUGGCGACAAGGCCUUGAUUGAGGACGUGUUUCCAGAGAUCGGUGAUGUCAUGUGCAACUCUGUCAAUGCCGGCUGGAACCAUGACUCCACGCACGUCAUCCGCUUCCCCCUCAAUGGUUACUGCCACCUCAACUCUGUCCAGGUUCUAGAGCGUCUCCAACAACGCGGGUUCGAGAUCGCCGGCUCCUGCGGCGGCGGCGUGGACUCGUCCCAAUUCAGCGAGUACGUCCUGAGGAGGGAGCUGAGGAGGACGAGUCAGCGAGGGUCCAAUUCAAACAGGAUAAAGCAGGAGCAGCUGGACUAGAAACCUCCCAAGCAGCAGGAGGUGCUAGACUUUUCUGUGGCAGCCUAAACGCCCGACGCUGCAGAGCUCUGUGGACUCUGGUUUUUCUUCGUUUCCUUGUUGAUGUUUUUUGUUUUCUUAAACUUGAGAACCAUCUAGAGAAUAAAAAAAAUGAGGUGCAGCAGGAGAUUUUUUUGCCAUAAGAAGAUACAAGACAUUUGAUAAGUUUGAGAUUGCAAGGACAUUUGUGAUUGUCUAGCCCCCCCAUAAGCCAAUUUAAAAAGGAUUUAUAUACGCUGGACCCCCAAACAAAGUUUGUUUUAAAACUUAGAGCCUACAUUAGGUCGAAUAUGAUUUCUAUUAUACCCAUAUAAAUUAAAAAAAGGCUUUUAUUGCUGAUGUAGUAUGUUGCAUAGCUUGUCACCAGUGACUUGAUUUUGUUGUCUCACUGGCAAAUUGGCUAAGUCUGUUUUUUCUCCCUUGCUGUAAAAAGGUCACUGGCGUGUUGCUUACAGUACAGAAUGUCACAGUUGUCAUCAACACUUAGUUUCAACAGGAGCAUCUUUUUUCACAAUUAACAUGAUGGUGAAUAUUGUGAUAUCAAUGAAGUGUUUGUUUUUCUUUUUACUUUAAUGGAAGUUACUUUAUUGGAUUAUGCCAUAAGAAUAUAGUUGACAUUAGCAUCAUCGAAAUUGAACAUCAAAUAUGAUUCUAUACGCCGUAAAGAAGAUAAUUUAGUAAAGUAUUCUGUCACACCAUUCGCCUCAUCGGGGAGUAUGAACUACUAUCCCCCAUGUGCUACUUUAGGAAUUAUUUAAUUGGACCACAACACUAGUCUGAGUCAUGACCUGUAAAUCUUUUCAUUGUAUAUGUGCUUGUGUUUUUUACAUCAAAUCUUUUUAAAGCAAACUUGUUGCAGAAGACAUGACUGAACAGAUUGAAGCUUAUUGUACUACCCACUCUAAGAUCACUUUUACUUGUAGCACAUAUUGAUAUGAAGUUGGAUAUAAAGUAUUUCUAAGAUGACUGACCCACCUACGCUCCCUAGAUUUGAGAAAAAGAGGAAUGUAGCAAAAAAAAAGAAAUGUGAAAUAAAUCUCAACUAAAGUUGU